GCGCGAGUCACUCUCAUUGAUUAUUCCUCACGGACCAUCGCUCACCUCUGAUGCGCAACCAGACCAACCCAAUGAUCUGACUCUGUCAGUUGUCAAACAGCAGGUAGUAAGUAUUCCGAGGCAGUGUAGAUAGCAUCCCGAAUGCGGCUCUUACGCGGCGGCGUGGCUUCAGGGACCGCUAAUAAGGUCGCAGCACUUAUAGAGUCCUUACCUCUUCCCAUCAUCUCGUACUUGGCCGGGUCAGAGCGCGUCGCAAUGCGGGUGUGGCACCCUCUCGCUUUCUUUGCUUCCGCUGCGCCGCUCGUAUUUGCAAAUGUCAACUUCGAUACCUGCCUUGCAGACAUACACCAAGGACUUUGGGGCGACACUGGGGGUACUGAUAACUAUGGAAAUCCGGUCUCCAAUAUCUCUCAAGCCACUGCCAUCACUUAUGGGUUGUGUAUCAAAGCCUGUGGUGCCGGGUCAGAACCAUUCGAUUGGAAUAUCUUCUCUCAGCAGUUCAGCGCGUGGCUCCUGCCGUAUCUUGCCCUCAUUUCUCAACUUCCAUUCGGAGCGCAGAGCAGACUGGAUAAUCUAGUUUCCAUGUUACUCACUUUGGGAAGCCCAACCUUGGCCGCGUAUUCAUUGGCCCUGACUGUCCUAAACGGACACUGGAUCGCGCAGCGCUUUUCACACAUCAGAUAUCCGAACGUGAAGGAGGCUGUCAAGAUCUUGAGUAGCUUACAACAAUCUGCGCUCCGUGUGGUCUGCGAGGAGUCCCUCCUCGCGUCCCUUGUUGUCCUUCACGAGAAUGACGAUUGGUGGUCAGAACUGAGCAUCUGGUUGAACUAUGUUCACACUUGGUCUAUCUCUGCUGUCGCAUCAAUCAUCUGGGUCGUGACUGCAUACAUAUUCACUGUCGUCGACUCGUUCACUAGUGCUCAGAACACCAACUCGACGCUUAAUGCGAAUGGUCAAGCCAUUGGCUCGAUCUUUUUAUGGCUGCUCCCGGUCGUAGUCGGCUGGCUUCAGAUCAGUCCCAAAUGCGACCACGAUCGUGUUCACCAAGCACUGGAUCGCGCAAAUAAGAUGGCCUACGUCGCCAGUGACGAUGGAGAACCGAUCCUGGCAUCCAAAGUAUCGAGACAACGCGCCAUUUACCUCCAGAAACGCUUAGGAGAGAUUCAUCGAGACCAGGUGAAACUUGAGCAAUCUACAGCCCCGAUAUACAAUUACGCACGCUUUUUACCGUGGGCUGCUGCCGUCGAAGAUGUGUACCUGGCUUUCCGCGAAGCAUCGGAGCGCACUGACCGCCACGAACCGGUUGAUAAACAAGGAGUUUGGGAGCACGGAGAUAGGCACUGGAGCAUCCAUCCUCGAAACCGACGCGGAUCCACCACUCAGGUCUCAGACUACGUGAAGAUGCGGACGUCUGAGAUCCCGUCGCCACGUCGCAGUCGCUUGGGCCCAGGUGUGCUUGCACGUUUUCUGCUCGCCUCCAUUUUGGCCAUCUGUUUGACCUGGGGCAGUGUUGGUGCUGCAGUGCUGGUUGCAUUCUUUACACCCACCAAGGGGAUUGCGUGCAGAUCGGGGAGUUAUCUCCUCUACGGAACCUGUUCAACUCUAGUCUGGAUGUUACUCGUCAUUUCUAGUGGAUUAGCCCACUAUGCCUCGUUCGCCAAGAGCUAUCGGGGAAGAUAUAUACACACCAGGACGACACGCGUAGCGGGCAUUCUUGCGAUCACACUUCGCAGAGUGGGCAAGAUCCUGGCGGCUCUCAACUCCGCCUGGAUCUUGGCCGCGUGUUUGUUCCAAUUCGGCAGCUUCUUCGAUCGUUGUUGGUGUAACAGGCAAGCUUCUGUAUUCUACCUUGGAAAAGAUGCAUAUAACGUGAUCUCAAUCUCGACAGCUGAUGUGGCAGCUUUGAAUGCUCCGUGGAUUGGUGAGUUCUUACACCAUCUAAACCUCCUCAGUUUCGAAUCUGAGGUUGGUGUCUCUAUCCUCUUCAUGGCCUUCGUCAGUGUUCUGAUAAAUCCCAAUCUGCCUGACAUGUGAGGUUGAGCCAUCGAAGGUGAUAAAUGAUAUGUCUAAUUUAUCUUGUUGUAUGUAAUCUGAUGUAAUUUCGACUCUCCCAAUGUUUUGGGUUCAAUGAACUAUGAAGGGAUCCGAACCAGGA